AUGGCCACCAAAGAUACGAUGAAGGCUGUCGUCUUUCACGGCCCAAAGAAGGUUGCUCUUGAGGAACGCCCAGUCCCCAAGAUCCAGGACCCCACAGAUAUCAUUGUCAAGGUGUCAUAUUCGGCGUUGUGCGGCAGCGAACUCCAUGUGUACCGCGGUCACCAGAAGUCAGCACCAGGCUUCAUUAUGGGCCACGAGUUUACCGGUGAAGUGGUCGAGGCUGGCAGCGCAGUGAAGACAGUGAAGAAGGGAGAUAGGAUUGUGACUCCUUUCACGGUUUCUUGCGGCGAAUGCUACUACUGCAAGCACGGCUUCUCCUCUCGAUGCGAGAAGUGUCUUCUCUUCGGCUGCCCUCUGCUGGACGGAGGUCAGGCUGAAUAUGCUAGAAUUCCUCUCGCUGAUGGAACCGUCAUGAAGGCCCCCGAGGGCAUUGACGAGAAGGCCCUUGUCCUCAUGGCCGACAUCUUCCCCACCGGGUACUUUGCCGCUGCGAAUGCUUUCAAGGAGUUCAAGAGAGAGGAGGUCGCCGAUCUCACUGUGGUCCUCAUCGGAUGCGGACCGGUUGGUCUCUGUGCACUGAUCAAUGCACUCGAGUACAAGCCCAAGCAUCUGCUUGCUGUCGACUCUGUGCCUUCGAGACUUGACCUUGCCAAGUCUCUCGGUGCUGAACCCUGGAACUUCCAGACUGACAGGCCAGGACUCGAUAAGCGAGUCAAGGAGCUGACAGACGGACGCGGCGCGGACGUUGUUAUUGAAGUCGUCGGACUGAGCCCUGCCCUGAGAACUGCUUUCGACCUGCUUCGACCGUGGGGAACUAUCAGCAGUGUGGGAGUGCACAAUGCAGAGAUCCCGUGGACCGGAAACGAGGCCUACGGUAAGAACCUGAAGCUGCAGAUGGGCCGCUGUCCCGUCAGAUCCAUCUUUCCUCAAGCGUUGGAGAUGCUGAAGAAAAACCAACACAAGCUGGGAUUCAUGGCAGACAAGGUCAUGCCUCUCAGCCAGGCCGUGGAGGGAUACGAUCUCUUUGAUAAUAUGAAAGCUCAGAAGGUUAUCUUCGAGGCCGACAAAUAA